GGGAAAGAAAACAGUUUCCAGGACAAUGGGGGAUAAAUUAUGAUUUCAGGUUGAUGGAUUUUUUUGGUGCUUUAAGGUGGAAUUAGAGAAUCGGAUGUAAAGAAAAGGUUGAAGUUUUUGGUUAUUGUGGAGGAGGGGGUGGGGUGGGGGUAUUCCACUACAGUCCGCCUCCUCGAUGGCGGUUGGCUCGCAGUCUGCCCGCAGGCGGGCUCGUGAGUGGCUGCGGGAGCUGUCAGUCACGCGGACGUCCUGUCUUCAGGCUGAGGCUCCUGAACGCCUCAGUUACUGUGUGGAGAGAUUUGACGGAGGGACGCUCCCGCGCGUGGAUCACUGCGCCGCAAACCCCCGCACGCUCGCUCGCUCGCCCGCCCGUUCGCUGCAUCCCGCGCGCCUGGAAUGCCUCGCUGAAACCCGGACGCGCACGUGAACAUCCUCGCGCGGGGCUGCAGCUGGUGGUUGUUUGUGUAUUUUUUUUUUUUUUUUUAAAUCCCCUUUCCUCCCUUCUGCCUCCCCGCAUGUCAGGGUGACGGGGGGGUUCGGUGGCCGGUCCCGCGGCUGUUCGGCUCUUCUUCUCCCUCCCUCCCUCCCCCCCUCCCCAUGUCACUUAAUUAAUCGGAGGCAUGUGGAAUCGCAGCGGGAUUCGGACUCUCCUCCUCAUAGUGUGCCCGCUCCUCUCCUCAUGGACGCAGGUGUCCGAGUCCACCGGCUUCUUCGAGCUGCAGCUCGAGUCCGUGGAGAACGUGAACGGCGAGCUGGCGGACGGGGAGUGCUGCGACGGGCCGCGGGGCCCCCAGGACCUGCGCUGCACGCGCGACGAGUGCGACACCUACUUCCGAGUGUGCCUGAAGGAGUACCAGGUGGAGGCGGCCCCCAGCGGGGCCUGCACCUUCGGGGCCGGAUCUACCCCCGUGCUCGGUGGAAAUAUGCUUUCUUUUCGGAGCUCCAGGAGUCAGAGAGGCGACGAGGCGGGCCGGAUCCUCAUCCCCUUCCAGUUCGCCUGGCCGCGAACCUUCACGUUGAUAGUGGAGGCCUGGGACUGGGACAACGAGACACGCAGCAAUGGAGAGGAGCUUCUCAUCGAGCGCGUCAUUCACACGGGGAUGAUCAACCCGGGUGACCACUGGCAGACCAUCAUGCACGACGGGCCGGUGGCUCGCCUCAAGUACCGCAUCCGGGUGCGCUGCGACGAGAACUACUACGGAAACAAAUGCAAUAAGCUGUGUGUUCCUCGGGACGACUACUUUGGCCACUAUCGCUGUGAGCCGUCGGGGGCCCAGGUGUGUCUGGAUGGAUGGAUGGGUCCAGACUGCAUGACAGCCAUCUGCAAACAAGGUUGCAACCUGUUACACGGCGGCUGCUCCGUCCCGGGCGAAUGCAAGUGUGACUUCGGCUGGAAGGGCAUGUUCUGUGACGACUGUGAGCUCCACCCCGGCUGCGUCCACGGGACCUGCGAGUCCCCCUGGCAGUGCAACUGUGAGAGGAACUGGGGCGGCUUGUUCUGUGAAAAAGAUUUGAACUACUGCGGUCGCCACCAGCCGUGCAUCAACGGAGGAACCUGCAUGAACACGGUACCCGACGAGUACUUCUGCGCCUGCCCGCACGGCUUCUCUGGGAAGAACUGCGAGAUCGCCGAGCACGCCUGCUUUUCCAAUCCCUGUGAAAAUGGUGGCUCCUGCCACGAGGUCGAGACAGGAUACGAGUGUCGCUGUGCGGCGGGCUGGGAGGGUCCGACCUGCUCCCAAAAUCUGAACCAGUGCUCGUCUGCUCCUUGUGCUCACGGUGGAACCUGCCUGAACCUGGAGGACGGCUUCGAGUGCGUGUGCCCACCACAGUGGCAAGGGAAGACCUGCCAAAUCGAUGCGAAUGAGUGUGCAGGACAACCCUGUGUGAACGCUAACGCUUGCAAAAAUUUGAUUGGUGGAUAUCACUGCAACUGUUUUCGGGGAUGGUCUGGACAGAACUGUGAUAUAAACAUCAACAGUUGCGGUCGGUGCCAGAAUGGAGCCAAAUGCAAGAAGGGGCCCAGGGGCUUCCUCUGCCAGUGUCCUCCUGGUUUCACGGGGGCUCACUGUGAAGUCCGGAAGAACAAGUGCGACAGCAGGCCCUGCCUGAACGGGGGCCAGUGCCACAUGCUGCUGGAUGGAUUCGUUUGCAAGUGUCCGCCCGAGUUUGCUGGCCAACUGUGUGAGAUCUCCAGCGGGUCCCCCCCAGACGCCUGUGACCCCGACCCGUGCGAGAACGGGGCCACGUGCCACAGCAUGGACCAGGACUUCUACUGCGCCUGUCCCGAAGGCUACGAGGGCAAGACCUGCGAGCGCCUCAAAGAGAAAUGCCACACCCCCUCCUGUCAAGCCUUUGACAUCUGCACCAUUGCGAUAGCGACCAACGAUUCGUCUGGCGUGCAGCACAUAGCGUCCAACGUCUGCGGGCUGCGCGGGCGCUGCGUCAGCCAGCCGGGAGGAAACUUCAGCUGCAUCUGUGACCCAGGAUUCAGCGGCAUCUACUGUCAUGAAAACAUCAAUGACUGCACCAGCAACCCCUGCAGGAAUGGAGGGACCUGCAUCGACGGGGUCAACUCCUUCCAGUGCUUCUGUCCGGACGGCUGGGAGGGGGAGCUCUGCGACCGCGGGGUGGACGAAUGCAGACACAACCCGUGUAAAAACGGCGGCCGCUGCGUCGACCUGGUCAACGACUUCUACUGUGACUGUGCGAACAGCUGGAAGGGGAAGACGUGUCAUUCCCGUGAGAGUCAGUGUGAUGAGACCACCUGCAGUAAUGGAGGAACCUGCCAUGACCAUGGCGACGCCUUCCGCUGUGCCUGCCCCCCCGGCUGGGGCGGGAACACCUGCAACAUAGCCACGAACAGCUCGUGCGCCUCCGGUCCUUGCUCCAACGGUGGGACGUGUGUGGGGGGAGGAGACGCCUUCUCCUGCAUCUGUAAAGAUGGAUGGGAGGGUCCCACCUGUGGACAGAACACGGACGACUGCAACCCUCAUCCGUGCUACAACGGCGGCAUCUGUGUGGAUGGGGUCAACUGGUUCCGCUGCGAGUGCGCCCCCGGUUUCGCUGGACCCGACUGCAGAAUCAACAUAAACGAGUGCCAGUCGUCUCCCUGUGCCUAUGGAGCCACCUGUGUGGACGAGAUCAACGGUUACCGCUGCAUCUGUCCUCUGGGCAGAACAGGAGUUCGCUGCCAAGAAUUCAUAGGCUUUGGAAAGACUUGUCACCACGCCGGACUUCCAUUUCCACACGGCAGCCACUGGGAAGAGGAGUGCAACAGCUGUCACUGCACCGACGGCAAAGUUCACUGCACAAAGGUGCUGUGCGGUCGCCGUCCCUGUCACCUGCAGCCAGUGGACCCCGACCUGCGGCGCUUCACCUGCCCAGCGGGACAGGAGUGUCUGGAGCACAGCUAUUACACCUGCUUCUCCCCCCCCUGCCAUCAGUGGGGGGUUUGCUCCAUUUCUGGUUCCUCUCCUCCUCAACCGGCAACAAAAUGCCAACCAAACGGCAACCAUUUGGACAACAGCUGCGGCCGGAUAACGCUGGUUUUCAACAAACAGAAAGUGCCGGCGGGGACGACGGUGGAGAGCAUUUGCUUUGAGUUGAGGUAUCUUCCUGACACCAGAAGACUUGCAAAAGACCACACCCUUCAACUGCUCUGUGACCUCUCGUAUACAAACCAGGAUGCUGUAGAAGUCGCUAUCUCUUACCAUCCUGAGGAUCUGCCAGACCACAGUCUGGUCCAGGAGACCGCCAGCGCCAUCGUAGGCACACUAUCCAAACGACACAACAGCACCAUAAUGCUCGCAGUCAUUGAGGUCAAAGUGGAAACGCGGGUCAUGCCCCCUUCAGUGGAUUACCUGGUGCCGCUCCUGUGCGUCGUCCUCCUCUCGCUCUGCCUCCUCUGCAUCAUCGUGUGCGUGUGGUGGACCCGCAAGCGGAGAAAACAGCGGGAGCGCGGCUCGCAGUCGCCUGCAGACGACAGCGUCAACAACCAGUGGGAGCAGCUGCGCCUGGUCGUGGGGCGGGAGCAGCAGCAGCAGGUGAAGGAGAGCAACCGGGAGGCAGAACAGGAGCGCAAAAAGCUCAUGGGCCCCUCCUCUGGGACGUGUGAGGAGGAGGAGGAGGAGGGCGAGGAGACGGAAGGAGAGCUGGAGGAGGAGUGCAGCGGAGCUGAGGCGGGGAAGCAGCUGAUUUAUAAGUACUCUAAGACUGCGGUGCAGUCCAGUGGAGCGGUGAUCUGUACCAUGCACAGCUCCAGCUCGCCCCUCAAAGCGCCCCACCGGACCCACGGCUACAGCCCCAAAGAUAACCGGCGGAAGGAGCUCAGAGACCCUUGUGUAUAAGACACUGAAACAAGAAAAGCUGCAACUAUAAGUUUUGGACCUCUUUUGGGAAUAAGGCUUUGUUUCAUAAAAGCCAUUCUUUGCUUUGUUUUUUAUGUUUGGACUUUUUUUUUUUUUUUGUGCUUCGUUUCUUUUCUCACAGAAGGCGUUGAAACGCUGACCCCGUUUCAGGAGGCAGAGGAAGCUUUCCGCAUUGUUUCGGUGAAAGAGUUGAAUGAACAGUGGAAACAGAUUAAAAGAAACUGUUAAAAAAAUGAAAGAAAAAAGAAAAAAAAUGUGUUUGUUUACAGACAGCUAUGAUUUUUGUUCAGUUGUCGGCGAGCUCCUUUUCUGGCGUCUGUUGGGGCAGAUUAAGGGACACACCCACCAAUCCUCUGGUGGCCGUCAAGAGCCAGCCUUACCAAAACGUUUGGCCUGGAGGGGGCGGGGAGAAGGGACAGAAAACCCAGUGCCUAUGAUGUGGCCUUCCAUUUUUUUCUCCUGUCUCUCAGUUGGCUAAAAGCUUUGUUUAAGGAAAUAUAAAUAUAUAUAUAUAUUUUUGUUUGCAGUAUUUGAGUUGGUAGCAAGUGCCUUUCUAAGAGCUGUUUUGUGGCUCCAAGUCGCGCUGCCCAGUUUGACCUCCUCGUUCCGAUCUCAAAGGGAUAAAACAUUCAACUUUGCAGCAACGCCAUUCAAGGUAUUUGAUGGAAACUGAAAAUGACUACUCUGUACAUAUGUGUAAAUACUAAAGGAGUCGCUGUGUAUAUUUGAAAUGAGUAACUUAAAGACAAGUCACACAUUUUUAUUAUUAUUUUUUUACAAUGCCAUUCCUUUUAUUUAUGUCAGUCGAAAUAGGCAGGUUUUAUAACCAUUAAUAUACAGAGUCCCACUGUUAAGACACAGAGGUACCACCAAUAAAGGAAUUUCUGAAGGGUUUACAAAUGGUUUGUCUUUUAGUUCUGAUUUUGUCAUUAUUUAUUUUAGAUUUAUCUGGCAAAAAUGCUCCCAAUUUUUUUUUAAUUAUUUGAUCUUUACACAUUUGUUGAUUUUAGUUUGAAAAACAGUCAAAGCUGCCAACAUCAUAGCCUUAAAAACCAUUCCUAAACCCAUCACAAACCCUUUUGUUUCAGGUGCCUUAAUUAUUUAUGCAUUAUUUGUGUUAUCAAUCUCAUUUUUUGUUGUUUUUCUCUAUCAAGGAAAGUAAUUUGCUUCAGAUUGUGUGUGGUGUAUUGUGGCGUGUUUUAUUCGCCGGAGUAAAGCGCACUCCUUCAGCUAUCGAGGAGAUUUCCAGGAUAAAACACUUGAAAGAAGGCUCAGGAGCGGGAAAAAAACAGAAUCCAUCAUAGGAGUUUUGAGUGUUUAUGAAUGUGGAUGUCAGUAGGUCAAAUGUGGGUGUCUUACAAUAGCUUCAUGUUUGGUUCAAAGGCUUUAAUGAAGGGAACAAUGUUUGCAGAUCUUUUUUUUUCAUUUUUUUCCCCCAUCAUGCAAUUGUGUUGUUGGUUAUCGGCUCAGUUUCAAAUGACAGUUUUACCUCCCUUUCACAGCAUUUCAUUGUUUAAAAAGCCAUUGUAUUUCUGUAAAUGGGACAGGACAAAAUAAAGAAUUAAAGGCACGUCACUGCUGGUGUUAAAAGCUGAAUAUGCAUAUUGUAUAUGUUUUAUUGUACAAGGGACAUGCAACAAAUUUUGUACAAAGUAAAAAAAACAAGUUUUCAUUCUUUCAGUGGAUGUUUCAUUGUCCUUAAUAUUCAUCCUAAUUAUUUAUUAAAGCAGUUUUGACACAUUGUGA